UAAUAGUAAGGAUGGUAAUAGUGAGGAUGGUAAUGGUAAGGAUGGUAACAGUGAAGAUAAUAACAGUAAGAACAAAAAUAGUUCCAAUAAACCUUUUUUAUUGGCAGAUAAAUUUAUGCAUAUGAAUCAAAACAUACCACAUAAUUCAAAUAAUGCAGUAACAUAUUUAUGUCAUUUUGAUCAAGGCUGUAAAGACUUUUAUAAAAAAAGUUUGACUAUUCUUGAGCAAAAAGUUAUAUAUGAAAAGCUACAUAAUGCAUAUAAGAAGGCUCUUCAUAAAGCACUGCAAACUAAUUAUAAUUCAAAACAGCUUAUCAUUUUACUUAAAGAUUUUAUUGAAGAGGAUAGCAAUUAUGAAUCCGAUUCAGAUGAAAGUUUAUAA